AUGACUGCAUCGAAAUUCCAUGCGGGAAGUUCGGUCCUGCUUUCGCCGACUGAGAAAGAAUAUUGUUCCCUAGAGAAGCCUGGGUCAAUCGACACAUCUGCGACGUGGAGAUCAUAUUUUCCGAUACCUAUGCGCAGCUCUUUCAACACCUCCAUCGACGAGGAAUCAGGCACGAUGAUAUUGCAGCCCGUCGGAAUUCGAUUGAUCAGAUAUCUGUCUCUCGCUUUGUUCGUCAUCAUACUUCUCUCCCUUAGCGCGCUCUUUCUCCCAGGGCAGAGGCACCCGUGGCGUCGCUUUGAUGAGGUCGUCGGCAGCAACGGACCGCAAUAUCAGCUGCCACUGAAGCCGCAAAAUGUGAGCCAGUGGGCUUCCAACGAGGAUGAUGUGCUGGAUUCCAAGUGGUUCUUGCGAAUCGAUGAUGGGUCCAUAUAUCCAAAGGAACUGCUCACUCCAGAAGAGACGGAAUACCAGGCUUGGCUCAGCGAGAGAUACCCCGAGGUUGAUGCUGUUAAAGCAAGAAGACUAUUUUUAGAUGCAGACUACCUUUCACGGCCGGAUGAGAAUGACAUGCUGAUUGACAAGUACUUUCACAUCUCACACUGCGUACAUUCGAUGCGAAGGUACUGGGUAGCCAAAGAGACAGGUCAUCAUAUAUGCCCCAUGGAUCUUUCGCACUGGCACAUGAACCACUGCUUUGAGAAUAUUCUCUUACCAUGGGCAUUACCCUCAGGGCCAAGAGAGCUAUGA